AUGGUACUUCGCAUGCCCGGGAAGGCAUUUCCUGAAAAGUGUGCCUGGGCUGCGAGAAUAAAUCGCGAUAACGUGAUCGCUGUAACAUCGGGAGUAAAUCCAAAAUGUACCUCAUCCAAAGGUCUCAAGGGUUCGGAUAAAUCUAUCUUCGAUCCGGUGAAUCAGAUGGUUUGUGUGGGCACUGCAGGAGAGCGAGAGUUAUUCUUCGUCGGAGGUAUAAUGCUGCGCAUUAACUAGAGGCGUUUGAACUUUAAGAAGAGGAACAGAACGGUGUUUAUUUGCAAAGCAGGCUGGGGUAAUUUUCGUCUUUGAGGAUUGAAAAUUCGUUCGGGUAUCUUCCUCUAGAGUAAAGGUAGUAUCGAUAUUUUGGGACUAAAAAUUCGCCUGCCACAUGAAACCUAGCUUCAGAUGUGACAAAUAGAUUAAGACGCCAAAGACUGAGCAAUGUAUCUGCAAAUAGGAUUUUAACAAGUAAACGGCCAUUGAAGAAGGGACGUGAAAUAAAAACUCUUAAAAUUCGUCUCGGUUGCAUUACGGAUUUAUACAGAACCAGUAACAGGCAUAUCAUGUGUGAUUAAACCAUCAAAGGCUGCACCUGAAAAGAGAAAAUAAAAACACUGCAGUGCUAUUGACCACAAAUGCUCUAUUGUAAAACAUCGUUGUUUCACUGAUGUUUUUAUUGUUCCACCUUUUUAAGCCGCUGCUCCAUGCGUGCUUCGAAGCAAAGAUGUCGACGUAGGCAUUGUGGUCGAUCUGAGCGCAGAGAACAUUCCAUUCUUGUUGACAAUCGUGGAUAGUUUGGAAGUCGACCCCCGGGAAAACCACAUCGGUGUCAUUGUUAGCCAAGGAGCAAAAAAGAUCCACGUCAAACUAAGCGACCCUGCUGGAUCUAAAGAUGAAACAACUCUGUUGAGGUACAUACAAGACGCUGUUAGACACGGUAACCUUGCGAGUUCUGCUGACGAUUACGAAAAGUCCGUUAGUUUGGCGCAAGAACUGUUCAGAAUUGAAAAUGGGGGAAGGGAGGGUGCUCAACACGUUCUUCUGGUUGUGACCGAUGCAACAAAUGAAUUCAUUGGUGCAACAAGCGCUGCUAACAAGAUCAAUGAAUUGAAGGUAAAUUUGAUACUGUUAAAUUACGAUGCGGCUAAUGACAAUAAGAUCUGGAGUGUAGAGCUGAAUGGCCACUGA